GCGGCGGGGCGCGGGAUGGCCGCCCCCCCGGGCUACUCGCUCUCCGACCCGGGCUCCACCAGCGAGCGCAGCGCCGACUCGCCCUUGGCCGACGACGACUGCGGCGGCUCCUCCUCGGCCGGCCCCGCCCGCGCCCCCUCCGCGGCCAGCCCCGAGUGGGGAGAGGAGCGGUUCCGCGUGGACAGGAAGAAGCUGGAGGCCAUGCUGCAAGCUGCUGCUGAAGGAAAAGGCAAGAGUGGGGAGGACUUUUUCCAGAAGAUUAUGGAAGAAACAAACACACAAAUUGCUUGGCCAUCUAAGCUGAAGAUUGGUGCAAAAUCAAAAAAAGAUCCCCAUAUUAAAGUCUCUGGGAAAAAGGAAAACGUUAAAGAAGCGAAGGAGAAGAUCAUGUCUGUCUUGGACACAAAAAGCAAUCGAGUCACCCUGAAGAUGGAUGUGUCUCACACAGAGCACUCUCAUGUGAUUGGCAAAGGAGGCAAUAACAUUAAAAAGGUGAUGGAGGAGACGGGUUGCCACAUCCAUUUUCCAGACUCUAAUAGAAAUAACCAAGCAGAGAAGAGCAAUCAAGUGUCUAUAGCAGGACAGCCAGCUGGAGUUGAGUCUGCCAGAGUUAGAAUACGGGAGCUGCUCCCGCUGGUCCUGAUGUUCGAAUUACCUAUAGCUGGAAUCCUUCAACCAAUCCCCGAUCCCAAUUCUCCCACCAUUCAGCAUAUAUCUCAAACGUACAACAUUUCAGUGUCGUUUAAGCAACGUUCCCGGACGUAUGGUGCUACAGUCAUCAUCAGAGGAUCUCAGAAUAAUGCUAGUGCUGUGAAGGAAGGAACGGCUAUGCUUUUGGAGCAUCUGGCCGGUAGCUUGGCAUCCGCAAUCCCUGUGAGCACACAACUCGAUAUAGCAGCUCAGCAUCAUCUCUUUAUGAUGGGUCGAAAUGGCAGCAACAUUAAACAUAUCAUGCAGAGAACUGGUGCUCAGAUCCACUUCCCUGAUCCUAGUAACCCACAGAAGAAAUCCACAGUCUACCUCCAGGGCACGAUUGAGUCCGUCUGUCUUGCCAGACAGUACCUCAUGGGUUGCCUUCCUCUUGUGCUGAUGUUCGAUAUGAAGGAAGAAAUUGAUGUAGAACCACACUUUAUAACUCAACUAAUGGAACAGCUGGAUGUCUUCAUUAGUAUUAAGCCAAAGCCAAAGCAACCAAGCAAGUCUGUAAUCGUGAAAAGUGUUGAGCGAAAUGCCUUAAACAUGUACGAGGCACGGAAAUGUCUCCUGGGCCUUGAAAGUAAUGGAGUUGCCGUAGCAACGAACCCGUCCACAGUCUCCUGUCCUGUAGGCCUCUCAUGUCCUGGCUUGGAUAUCCUCUCCUCAGCUGGGCUAGGGCUCACUGGACUCGGUCUCUUGGGUCCAACUGCCUUGUCCGUCAACACAUCCACUACUCCGAAUUCUCUCCUGAAUGCCCUUAAUAGUUCUGUUAGUCCUUUGCAAAGUCCCAGUUCAGGCACACCCAGCCCAACAUUAUGGGCCUCUUCCAUUGCCAAUACGAGUGCCACAGGAUUCUCUGCUAUUCCCCAUCUGAUGAUACCAUCCACAGCCCAGGCCACCUUAACUAGUAUACUUUUGUCCGGAGUGCCAAACUACGGUCAGAACACACCCUCUCCCCCUCCUGGCUUAACCCCCGUCGAUAUCCACGUAAAUGGCAUGCAAACGGAAAGCAAGAAAAGCCAAACUUCUUUGAACGGCCACGUAAAGACCUCAGCUAUGAAGUAUUCAGCCUUGUCUGCUGCAUCUCUUGGUGAGAAUGUAUUAAGUUCAAAUCACAGCGAUUCAUCCCGGCAGACAAGUAGCCAUAACGCGUCUGAACAAGUGACCACCAAGGCGAAUGCUGGAGAAGGUUGCAAUGAUGCUUUUGUGGAAGUGGGCAUGCCGAGGAGUCCUUCGCAUUCUGCUAAUGCCAGUGAUCUGAAGCAGAUGAUGGGUUCCUCCAAGCCGCCCUGUGCAAAGAGGCAGACGGUAGAGCUGUUGCAAGGCACCAAAAACUCGCACUUCCACACCGGGGAGAGGUUACUGUCAGAUUCGGAGCUGAGCGCUUCAGAAGGCCCCGUGGCAGAUAAAAAAGCCCCCGGAAGCGAGCGAGCUGCUGAGAGGGCCGCAGCCGCCCAGCAGAAUUCAGAAAGGGCCCGUCUCGCUCCAAGGUCAUCGUAUGUGAACAUGCAGGCAUUUGACUAUGAACAGAAGAAGCUAUUAGCAACCAAAGCUAUGUUAAAGAAGCCAGUUGUCACAGAGGUGAGGACGCCAACCAACACCUGGAGUGGGCUUGGCUUCUCCAAAUCCAUGCCAGCCGAAACAAUCAAGGAACUAAGGCGAGCUAACCAUGUAUCAUACAAGCCAUCUAUGACGAUAACUUACGAGGGUUCAUCCAUGUCUCUCUCGCGGUCCAACAGCCGGGAGCAUCUGGGCGGCGGUAGUGACUCAGAUAACUGGAGAGAUCAUAACGGCAUUGGUCCCGCGGCUCCCAGCAAUUUUGUCUCGUCCAUUGGCAGCCCUAAACGGAAACAAAACAAAUCCGCCGAACAUUAUCUCAGCAGCAGCAACUAUAUGGACUGCAUCUCUUCGCUGACCGGAAGCAACGGCUGUAACUUGAACAGUCUAUUUAAAGGGUCGGACCUGCCUGAGCUGUUCAGCAAACUUGGCUUGGGCAAAUACACAGACAUUUUCCAGCAACAAGAGAUUGAUCUUCAGACAUUCCUAACUCUCACAGAUCAGGAUCUGAAAGAGCUUGGGAUUACUACUUUUGGUGCACGAAGGAAAAUGCUGCUUGCAAUCUCAGAGCUGAACAAAAACCGAAGGAAACUGUUCGAGCCCUCCAGCAUCCGUGCCUCCUCGUUCCUGGAAGGCGGCGCCAGCGGACGGCUGCCGCGUCAGUAUCACUCGGACAUUGCUAGCGUGAGCGGCCGCUGGUAGCAGGAAAGGGAAGCUCUUGCGGUCGACUGCGCAACCUGACAUGGCAAUCCUGUGGACGGCCAUCACUGCACACCACCCUCUGCACUUUGGGAGUCUAGGUACCGAGGACCAAAGCCUUUCUUUUCUGCACAAAAUCCUUGUGCCAAAAAAUAGAGAGAAAGAACACUCGUUUUUUGUCUUUCCAAGCACCAAAUGUGGAUUGUUUUACUCGUGUAGAUUGGACAGAAUUUGCAAUAUAAUAUAGGGUUCUUUAGUAUUUUAUUACUUAUAAUAACAAUAUUGUAUGCACUGAAUUUUUUUUUUUUAUUUUCUUUGAACGAAGAGUGAAGGGCUGGGAUUACCAGAGGGGCAUAGCAUGUGGGGGGUUUUUUUUAACAAGAAGGUAUUUCUGGUACUGCUUAAAAAUUAAUUAAUUGAGGUCUUUCUGCACGUUACGUGUUCUGAUUUCUUGUCCUGUGGAAAUUGUAUUGUUUCCCUCUAAUUUCCAUGGGUGGGGGGGGACCUAUCGUUUGGCACUAAUCAACAUUUGCCACACAUCUUCCCACAUUAGAUUAAAAAUCUUUACCCAUAAACGGUACUAGCAAAAUCAAAUUUUUGAUGAUUUCUUCAUCUCCCCCCCCCCCCUCUUUAAAUGUAAAGAAGUCCUCCAUAAUCAGAUGCCUUAGUACUGGGGCCAACCCUGUUUUUUUCACAUUUGGGAAAGCAGUCUUGAAACCCUUGGCGGAGCUAGCACACUGUAAAAAGAUGCAAUGAAAGACCAAAAUGGACCUUAUUGCCAUCAAUUUAACCCUAUUUAACUGCUGCCUGUAACGCUAAAACUGAUUUUAAUGGUUGUCUCAAAGCAAAGGACUAUUUUUAGUAUAUACUGCCACUUUAUUUAUAGCAAGCGUCUUGUUUUUUAGCAUCUGUACUCUUAGAGUGCACCAGAGAUUCAGUCAACUAAAAAGUUGACGAUAGAGACCGGAAGGGGAUUUCAUCAAACCAGAGCUCUUGAGCCAUCCCUGCGUCUAAACAAAAAGCCUUCAUUCCAUGUGACAAGACAGACCUGUUGCAUUUGUUUCGAGAAGGAUGUUGCUUGCAUGACUCUUUCUCCAGCAGUAGAGCCAACACAUGCCCGAUAGCCGCAGUUGACAUUUGCUUUUCUUGAAUCAAUUCAAGGAUGCCGUUGUCAGCUCUGAGAGUUAGUCCAAAACCUUGUGUUGACUAUCCCUGGAAAGAGAGUCCAUGCUGUGCAUGGCUAGAGCUAACAGUUGUGUUCAAUACUGUGAAAGGUCAAGAGAUCUGGGUUAUACCAUUUCUGUCUAUUUUUUUUUCCGCUAAACGACUCGACAUAAAUUUACGAAGUGAAGGGGAUAGCAUGAAGUGCCUCUCUCGAUGCAAUAUGUUUCCAAACCUGAAUUUAUCGGAAAGAGACAAACAUUCCCAUAGCAAAUAUUGUGAAUUAACUUGUACUGUAAUGUCUUAUUUAUGUACAACGUACAAACCCUUUAAAGUGGAUGUAAAACCACUCGCGACUGAAGGCAUUAGAUUUAAUCAAUUUACCGUAGUGUUAUUUUUAUAUAUAUAUAUGCAAAAAUCUGGUGGGGAGAGAUAGCUGUGACACUUUUCUGUGGAUAAUUCCUUUCUAGGGUGAGGAAGAACAUAACACACAAAAGGGAAUUUUUUUCUUUUCUUUUUUUAAGCAAGAGCAUAGAUGCAGUAGUAAUCUAUUACCCAGUUUUCUUAGUGGCUGCAUAACUUAGCAGUCUGUUGCUGCCACUGAAACAACUGCUGGUUGCUUUCUGCAUGCUAAAAGAGCACUUCCAGGACUGCAGAGACUCUUUUGGGGUACGUGCGUGAAAUCAUUCAUUCAAGCUGGGAACUCAAGCUCCAGUCUUGAAACAUAUGUCUGCUUAUGCAGUUAAAGGUAGAGAUCCUGAUACUAAAAACACUAAUUUUUAAAAUCACGAGUACUCCCUUUGGUAUGAGUCUGUUCAUGCGCUGUAAAAUUAAGCACUUGUGUUAGCAGAUCAGGACCUCUGCUUGCCCGUGUAAAUUAUUGUUACCCAAAUACAACUUGGGCUUACUCUGGGACAGAGGUACUUAGAAGAGCAUCAGCACUCUAGACUUAUAUUGUCCCACCUCCCAAGUUAACAUUCCUUCCCCCUCAGAAUUGUGGAUGUUGAAUUUUUCUUUGUUUUUAUACUUUAAAUGCCAUAAGUUAUGACAGUAUUACUCCAGAAACUACUGCAAUCUAUGCCGAAGUAAAGAAUUUCCCAGAGAAUAGGAACAAAGAUAGAACUGCACAUUCGCUCACACACUCUCACACACCACACUGGAAAAGAAAUGCAUUUUUUUUUCUCACUCCUUUUGAUUCCACAAAAGGGAAUAUGGCAAUGCAGUCUUCCGUAUUGUCAGUCUGGUAUUAUUAUGCACAAUAAAUAUUGAAACAUUAGUUUUAAAUUUGUGCCUUUAUAGUGACCAGUUAUCUGUAAAUAUAGAGCAGAUACAGAUUGUAUUUUGGGAGGGAAAGGGUCCUUUUUUAGUGAUUCUUUUUUUAAAAAUUAAAUAAAUGAAAGAUGGAAUAAAGCAUUUACAAAUGGGAAUUAUUGAAACUAAUCAAAUGUUACAUGAAAGAAUAAAUUUAUAUAACCCCUUGUUACACUGCUUAUUAAA